UACUGCGUUAUUCUGUUUGGUCUGACUGAAAACUGAUCAAUAUGUCGGGAAGAGGCAAAGGCGGUAAAGGACUUGGUAAAGGAGGCGCUAAGCGGCAUAGAAAAGUUCUUCGUGAUAACAUCCAGGGAAUCACUAAACCUGCUAUCCGACGUUUGGCUCGUCGUGGCGGAGUGAAACGAAUCUCCGGACUGAUUUAUGAAGAGACUCGCGGGGUGUUGAAAGUGUUUUUGGAGAAUGUGAUCCGUGAUGCCGUCACCUAUACGGAGCACGCAAAGAGAAAGACCGUCACCGCUAUGGAUGUGGUGUAUGCUUUGAAACGACAGGGUCGCACUCUGUACGGAUUUGGAGGUUAAGAAAUAAAGGCGUUUAUUCGGAUUGAUUUGUAAAACAAAGGCUCUUUUAAGAGCCACC